AUGGCGUACGUUCUUGGUGACAUGAUGACACGUGCUCUCGAUGCCCACGAUGCGUAUGCCAAAGCGUCGCGCGCCGUGUACUUCUGGUGCAUCGCGGUGACGCCGCAGCUUGACGCGUUUCAAGAGCUUCUGAUGAGCGGCCAUCUCGACGAUGCACGUACGGUCUUGCACUCCGUCUACAUCGGCAGUGCUGACGCCAUGAAGACGGCCACGGGAGCCCUCGCGACCACAAAAGCGCUCUUGACGUAUGUUGAAGACGAAGCGAUGCUGUUCAGUGCCCGCAUGCGCACCGGCAGCCUUGACCAAACGCCAGCAACUACGGACGGCACCAAGGAGACCAUAAUGUCAGAGACAAGUGCCCACGGUGCGAUGACGCUGGUGACGUCAGAGACGAUGACGACGUCGUCCGCAUUGGUGUCAUUGGUACCGGAAAAGAUGCAGCAAAUACGCAAGACCAUUUACAAGGCAUACAGCGCCUGCAAAGAAGCGUCGAUUCUACCGUGGACAGCACAGCCCACGACAACUUGUCCGCCAUUGACGAUCGACAUUACCAUGGCGGACGCUCUGUGCAACCUGGCCACACGGUUGCACACGAUGGCUGGCCACAUCGAGAUGGGUCUGGAGGGUCUCGCGACAACCGACGUUGGCUCGCUUGUAGCGAAGGAGGUCCAGCACCCCAAGGACCUUGGCAAAAACGCUCGAGCCCACUGUGAGGCCGCGUCCGCCUUGUGCAAUGCAUGCAAUGAAUUUAUUCGCAACCACAAGAGCCACUACGCUUGCGAUCUAGCGACGACAUUGUAA